AUGCGAGUUCACGGAUACGGUGAAGAAUGUGAGGCAGACGGAUCUUCCACUGGAUCAGAGGCGCGCAACGUGCUUCUGUCCUGCAACUAUCCAUGGUACAAGACACCGGUCUUCGAGAUUGCCCAUGCUGAUAAUGUACUGGAGGCCAUACAGGAGUUCCUUAGGGACGAUUCCAUCCUCUUAUGCGGUGUUUCUAUAGCCAACGACGUCACCAAGGUCGAGUACUACAACAUCGACAUUUCGGGGGUGAUCGACCUCCAGCAGGAUAUCGGGAACCCGACUGUCAACCUUCUUCCUUUUCUGUACGAUUUGGCCAAUGCUUAUAUUGGGACAAACCUAUCGAAGAAGAAUCCAGAGAUAGCAGCCAUAAGAUUGAAAGAAUGGGCAAACUUUCCACUUGACUUCGACAAGAUCAAGUAUGCCGCUCUAGAUGCUUGCCUCAACUUUGAGAUAGCUAGGAGCUAG